AACGCUUCACACAUCGGCUCAUUUCCAUAACCGUCUGCGGCGGCGGCGGCGGGACCUGCGGGGACCUCGGCCGCCGCGCACCGGGCCACGCCGACUGGGCCCGGGAGGCGCGUGGGCAGCGGCGGCCGCGCGGAGGACGGCGGCGGCUGGAGCGCGGGGCGCGCGAUCUAAGGCUGUUAGAGAUGACGCUGGUUCUGUCCAUGAAUAGAUUCUGCGAGCCCAUUGUCUCAGAAGGAGCUGCUGAGAUUGCCGGGUACCAAACACUAUGGGAGGCUGACAGCUACGGAGGUGCGAGCCCCCCAGGGCCAGCUCCGGUUCCUUCUCAAGGAGACCGGGGAGCCAGCUCACACCUGGCAGGAUCACAUUACAGGGGAAUUCCAAACCCUAUAAGCACACCCAAGGUCACGUACUUCAAGAGGAAGUAUGCAGAAGACGAGGAUCUCCACCCACCACUCAGCAGCUGCAGCCAUAAAACCAUCUCCAUUUUCGAGGAGCGAGCACACAUCCUUUACAUGUCCUUGGAGAAGCUCAGGUUCAUCGAUGACCCAGAAGUGUACCUGCGAAGGUCUGUUCUUAUCAACAACCUGAUGAAGAGGAUCCACGGGGAGAUUGUCAUGCAGAACAGCUGGUGCCUCCCUGCCUGCUCCCUCAGUGGUACCUCCGCCCAAGAGUGGUUCCUGGCUCAAGAUUGUCCUUACCGGAAACGGCCCCGGGUGGCCAAAGAGGAGUGGGAAAAGAUCCACACUUGCUGUUUUUAUCAGGAGUGUGGUGGUCACUGCCUGAACCUACCCCUCUCUGUCAGUACUAGUGUUGGAAGCACUUCGGCCACCGCCGUGGCCUCAUCCGCCUCUUCCUCUUCCUCCCCAUCCACCUCUUCUCCAUCCACCCCCUCCUCCCCCUCCUCCUCCUCCUCUUCCUCCUCCUCGUCUCCCUCUUCCUCCUCUUCCUCUUCCCCUCUGCCUUUGCCUAGUUGUUCCCACCAUGUGGACUUUGACAUAGGCAGUGCACCUAUUUACAAGAGCCAAAUACCCGCCAACGAAAUCUUUGUCACUAACAUUAGGUCACUUGGUGUCCAGGAAAAGGUCAAAUUCAACAACGAUGGGAAAGUAAGUCACGAAACCAGCAGAGAUGGCGAUGCCCUCGGCCAAGAACCUGUGGGGAACGACCUUGAUUUUGAGUGCAAAGGCCAAUUUUACGAUUAUUUUGAGACUGGAUAUAAUGAGAGAAACCGUGUGAGUGAGUCUUGGAAAAAGUCUCUGAGGAAAAAGGAGCUUUCUCCGAGCAGCAAACUGUGCUGCAACAGAGGGGGUAAAAUGUGAUGCCCCCACUGGCGCAGAAGCACGCACCGCAUGAUCAGUUUUUACUUUGGAUUUUGUAGUUUUGUACAACGGAUAAAAUCAUGCAGUGAACACUACGCCGGGUUGUUUCACUGCCUGGAGAGCAGAUUGCACAAAACAUCUGUACAGUAGGCAUCCACAAGCCACUUAUUAAUGUGAUUUUUUUUUUUUUUU